AUUGCCAUCGCAUCAAUAUUCUUCAAGCAAUAUCUCACUCUUGCCAUGUCUUGUCAGCAUCACUGCAAGGUUAUUUUAUCCUUAACCAUCUUUCUAACUUCAUCUUUGAAAUUAUUCAGAUUUCAUUUUAGAUCUAGGUCUCUUUAGAAGAGAAAGAAAUUAAUGGAUGACAACCCAACUAGACUAAUUAAUAAAUUAUAUCAUGGAGGAUCUAUAAUACUACUAGUAAAUUAUAUUAGUAUAAAAAAUUUUGACUCUUGGAAUUAUAGAGGAAUAGGGGCACUCAAGUAAAUUGACCUUUUAGGUGCACCCUUUCUGAUCUCAUUAUCAACCCCUUCAAAGCCAUACUCGAGACAACUAAGAAGCCUUCCUCGAGUGGUCCUAGGUGAGACCACUAAAUCUAGAGAAAAGAGUUUGAGAUUAAUGUGGGUGUGACUCUAAGUAGAACCAAGAUGUCCAAUCUCUCAAGUCAUAAAAGAAUGUUGGUGCUUCUCUUGCUUCUCUUGGUCCAAAUCCAAGCCAAGGUGUUUUGCUACCAACACAAAGUUGGAGAUCUAGAAGCUUGGGGGAUACCCACCUCAGCAAAUCCUCAAGUCUACACCAAAUGGUCCAAAGAUCACAAUAUCACAAUUGGAGACUCACUUUUGUUUCUAUACCCACCAAGUCAAGAUUCAGUGAUUCAAGUCACAGAGGAAUCCUACAAGAGGUGCAACCUUAAAGACCCCAUAUUGUAUAUGAACAAUGGAAACUCUUUGUUUAACAUUACAUCAAAGGGACAAUUCUACUUCACUAGUGGUGUGGCUGGCCAUUGCCAAAAGAAUCAAAAGCUUCAUAUAUCAGUGGGUGAAGGAAUAAUAGAAAAUAUGGAUGCAGCAUCUGGUCCAAGUUCUGCAUAUGCACCUUCCUAUCCCACAGUAUUUGGCAACAUUCCAGUCUCUAAUUCUACCUCAACUUCAACCUCACCUCACCUCACUUCAACUUUUCAAUUCCUCAUCAUUGGAUUUGUGAUAUGUGCACUGUUCUCCACCAUAAUGUGAAGGCAAAAAUGUCCAUGUCUUUUUUUUGUUGUUGCAUUCUUUUGUCAUUGCUCAAUAAUUCUUCAUGUUGAUUUACUUUUCAGAUUACCCUUUCCUUAAUUCUGGAACACGGGCCUACCUAUAUAUUAUAUUAUGAUUCUUUCGGCAAUGUAAUACUUCGUGAUCGGAGAUUUCUGUGGUACA